AUGUCUUUGAAUGAAGCAAUCUAUUAUUCGUGCGAGAAUGCAGAGAAGGAAACGUCAUCACAACCCACCAAGACAAAACAACAGGAAAGAUUGCAAGAUUUGAAGGCGUUCGAUGCAGAAUGUCAUUAUCGGAAUAAUAAUUCAUCUCAUCAUCAUGAAGAGAUUUCUAAAGGAUUCAUCACCCUAGAUUCAUCAUUACUAAUUAAAUACAAUAAUAAUAAUAACAAUAACAAAUGUAUAGUAGGAGAAAUAAUUAGUGAGGAAGAACAGGAGGGAGUGACCAUCACUCUAAUAGAUUUUAGUAAUAAUAUUGAAGUUGAUGUUUUUGAAAAACUUGUUAGCAAGAUGAGGACAAGAAAUGUUGGAUUUUCCAAUCAAUUUAUACAUGUACAUACCUUGAUGGAUUUGGGAGAAGUAGUCACAACAGGUCACGGGCCAUAUAAUUGGCCUUAUGGUGUUGCCAUCUCACACAAGUGUAAAUGUAUUUUAAUUAGUGACCAAUACUCGAAUAAUAUUAGUAUCUUUGAUCUGGAGAGUAAGAAACUAAAGACUAAACUAACAACAUUAUUUGAUCCUGGAUGCUUGUGUAUUGAGAGUGGAAAAUCUGAACGUGAUGACGAUUCACUCAUUGUCAGUUCCUGUAAGAAUCGAGUGAUAUAUAAGUGGAAUAAUUUAGAGAGUGUGGUGAUAAAAAGUAUCAAUAAGGAACGGAUGCCACCGUUCGUUUGGAAACAAGGAGAUUUCGGAACGCCUAGAGGAAUUACAAUUCGCUAUGAAAAGCAAUCCAGUUUUAACACUAUAUUUGUUUGUGACAAUACUAAACAUAAUGUAACAUUACUAAACUCAGAGACUGGUCAAAUAUUGAGGGCCAUCAGCAAAUUGGAUGGUAUUUACUUUGGAGAGCCAUUCGGUAUUGCUCUAAAUAAUUAUGGUGACUUGAUAGUAAGCGAGAAGUAUUUCAAUAGAGUACAAAUUCUUUACCUCGAUUCCAAUAGUGGUGAAUGGAUUUCAAAAAUCAAAUUUGGAAGUAAGGAAGGUACACUAAAGUGUCCUAGUGGAUUACUUUUUGAUAGAGUUAGAGAACAAAUAAUUGUUUGCGACCAAGAAAAUCAGAGAAUUUCAAUUUACAAGGAAAAUGGUGAAUUGCUCACAACAUUUGGUACUUUUGGUGUGUGUAAGAGCUCAAAGGAUCCAAACUUACUGAAUUACCCAACUACGGUUUGUCUUGAUGAGAAGAGUGGAGAAUUGUUUGUUGUGGAUUCGUGGAAUAUUCGUGUACUUGUAUUCAAAUAA